ACACGCGAUUGCGUGUUCGAUUUUCGAAAUGUCGAUUCCUUUCAAUGGAACUCGUACACGCUCACAAGGAUUAAUAAGUGCAAUUAUAAAGCACUUGAGAAGUUUAACCUUAAAACCGGUAAAAUCAAUAGACAUCAAAUUUGAUCCCUUUCAUGAUACAGCUUGCGAAACAAGAGAUUUCUUUUUUCACAUUACAACUCCAAAGAUUAUUGCAACAAACCCACGUUGCAUUGUAAAACCACAAAUUGCUUCUGAUUUAUCUGAACCAGUAGUUACGUUCAAUUUGUUAUCAGGUAACAAGAUUGUAUGCAAAGCUGCACACUUGACAUCUCUGAAUAUAUUGGAACUUUACAACAAAUACAUCACACCUUUGUCCCCACCUGAACCUGACACUGAAAGUAAAAAAGUAAUUAAAAAGAAGAAGAAGUCAAAGAAAAACCAGACGGGAGUUAGAAUUUCACCAGGAAGCAAACAUAGAGGAGUAUUUUUAUAA